AUGGACAACAUCGCCCACCUGGUGAUGUCGCUCCAGCAGGAGAUGGGCGACAUCAGGAAGGAGGUGAGGAACAGGAUGGACACCAUGAAGUACGAGCUCACCUGCGAGAUCCGGAACCUGAAGGAGGCGCUGAUGAAGGAGAGGGAGGCCAUGAGCGGCAAGGUGGACAGCGUGUCCCAGGGCAUGGAGGACUUCAAGAAGCGCCUCAAAAGGGGCUUGCGAGGCAUAGGUUCGCAGAACGAAAACAUCGCCAACGAACUGCGCUCGCAGAAGGCUGAGCUGUAUGCCGUCAGGAACAGCGUAUAUGACUCGCGAGAAGAAACUCUGACGAAGGGCAACUUCAUCAUGAAGAAGGUCAACGACACCAAUACCACGCUCGUCUCGCACCUGGACGACCUGCGCGUCAAGCUGUACAAGAUCAACCACAACCUGGCGCUGAUCUCCGGGGAGCACCAGCAGCUGAUGGAGGUGGUGCGGCGCAACAACCAGCAGCAGCCCAAGACCUACAACAGCGAAGACUACAGCGACAGGGUGCUCCCCGGCUGCACCUACACGCCCUUGGACACCCAGGAUUUUGCGAACGUCCUCAACCGGACCUACAUGAAUGACUCCUACAGCGGCAGUUUGGGGGGGCUGGACGAGGACGAGAAGGCGUGGGAGCCCGGAAGCACCGACGACCACCAGCUCUUCCCGACGAUGCCCGAGGAUUGCAAGGACGACAAGAAGAAGUACCUGGAGUACCCUCCGAUGCCGCGCGACUGCAAGGACGUCUUCGAUCUCGGCUUCAUGGAGGACGGGAUUUACCGCAUCCAGCCGCCGAGCCUCUCGUCCAGAGAAGUGUACUGCGACCACCAUACCGCAGGCGGCGGCUGGACGGUCAUGGUGGCGCGCCGCAAACUGCCCAGACACAUCUCCUUCAACCGCACUUGGCACGAAUACGAAGUGGGCUUCGGCGACCCCAGCAAAGAGUACUGGAUCGGUCUGAAGGCCCUCCACGCCCUUACGCGGGGCCGCCCACACCAACUGCGGGCGGACAUGGAGGACUGGGAAGGAAACACAGCCUGGGCCGCCUACUCCUUUUUCUCGGUGAGCGGAGAGGAAGACAAGUACAGGCUGAGGAUAUCCGGUUACUCAGGCACAGCAGGAGAUAGCUUACGGCACUCGCACCUUCAGAUGUUCUCCACCAUUGACAGCGACAACGAUCAGGAGAAUUGGGGGAGCUGCGCCCGCGGACGAGGGGGCGGCGGAUGGUGGUGGGGGCGCUGCGCCUGCACUCAGCCUACAGGUCAGUACCGCAGAGGAAGGUAUCAAGGACCUGAGCGCGGCGUCACCUGGUGGCACUGGAAGGACUCCAACUAUUCCCUAAAAACCCUCAUCCUUAAAAUAAGGCCUUUGGAGUAA